CCCCUCAAAAUCCAACUUGACUGAUGCUAAAAGAGGAACAUAUUAAAUUUACAUAUUUAUAUAAGACUGACGACAAUUGUAAGGAAUGUGCUAAUUGUGGGAAUAGUCAGUAAUGUGACCUUCCCAAUAGAGUACCGGUAUAUAUACCUAAAAAGCCAACAGGAAAAAACAGAUGCAUCUUGAACGGCGUUCAGCAUCAAACAUGGAGAAAACAAGUGAUCCUACUAAUAGCGAUAGCAGUGUCACUAAGUUCAGUAUGGAUAUAAGUAACAUGACGCUGGAGGAGUUUAGGAAACAGCUUGAGCUUUUAGACAACUACACGGAGCAUCAGAGACCUGAAGAUUUGGACAUUCUGAAAAAUCAGCAUUGGCGCAUAGCAAUCAUAGUGAUCUACAGCAUUGUGAUUCUAUUUGGAUUUCUCGAAAAUGUCGUAAUCGUAUGCGUCCUCAUCAAGAACAAGCAUCUGCGUGUGCCGACCAACAUCUUCAUCCUGGGUCUCGCAAUGUCAGAUAUUCUCUUGUGUUCCUUCAACUUGCCGUUUCAGCUUCAUUACCAACUCACCGACCAGUGGGCGUUUGGCGACACUUUGUGUAAAGUUAUCAUGCCAACAUACGGCAUCCCAAUAUUUGUGUCUUCGAUGUCAAUUCUCAUGAUUGCAAUUGAUCGAUACAUGCUCAUCGUACAUCCAUUUCACCAACGAAUGUCAUCGGAAAAGGCUGUUUGCUUGGUUAUCGGUAUUGCCAUUUUCACUACACUAUUAGCUAUUCCAAUCAUCAUGCAAAUGGAAUACCAGGUCCUUGACAUUCCUGCUCUUAGAAUAUAUAAGACAUAUUGCAUCGAAAGAUGGACAAGUGCUUCUCUACGACACACAUACACUGUUUCAACAAUCGUUAUUCAAUUUUUUGUGCCUCUCGUAACAACCAGCUUUCUGUACAUUAGAAUCAGCCAGGUGUUAGCUCGGCGCCCGAUAAAGAAAAAUGAAAAGAAUAAAAAACAUAAAACAAACAAUAUUUUAAUAGCAAUAGUGCUUGCGUUUUCAAUCUGUUGGCUGCCUUGGAAUAUAUUUGCACUCACUUUGGAGUUUGACUUUUCGCUCAUUCCUGGAAGGUAUGUCAAACUUUUAGACUGUCUCCUGAAAAUAUUUGCCAUGAGUUCAGCAUGUAUCAAUCCUUUUCUAUAUGGGUGGCUCAAUGACAAUUUCAGAAAAGAGCUGAAUGUGAUGGUGAAUAGACAAGGCAGAAAUAGAGUGAGACAAAACGGACACGCAUACACACAAGCGGAUCCAUCGCGUACAGAGCCUAUGCUGGACAAGGUAGACAAAUAUGCCACUGCGAUUCUGUAGACAUUUAUUCCGUGCACAUGUUAUUUGUUGAAAAAAAAAUUGUUAUUUUAUGUGGGGUAAAUCUUUUUAUCAAAAGGAGUAUUUGUAUUAUAUCACUAUAUUAAACAUUAUAAAUAUAA